UUUGUUUAUUCAGUUGAUGUCUGUGGAAUCGUAAACGGGUCAGGUCACAUGAUUUCACCUUAAGCGUGGGCGUGACUUCACAGCUUCGACAGAACAGGCACUUAAUGAGUUUAUGAACUCAUCAAGUUCGAAGAGUCGUUAAUUCAAAAACGAGCAAACGCACUAAGGUGUGAACCGAUCCUCUCUAACAAUUUGUACAGGACUUGAACGCGACUUUGAUCGGAAGUUUAGGUACAGAAACAGGAAAUAGAAAUAGCAGAAUAAGGUCGUUCAGCACUCAGAAACUUCUGCAAGCUUUUGCUUUAAGGUGACGUGUUGGCGCCAGAGAAAAGCAUCAGAUUUCACAAAACUGUUUCACUUUCAAACAAUAUGAAAGGAAAGAUGAAUUUGGAUGAGUACUUCAGGCGGAUUGGUUUCCAUGGCUCCUACAGCAAACUGGAUCUUGCAACCCUGAAGCUGAUCCACAAGCAACACGUCAUGUCACUCCCAUUUGAAAACCUCAGCGUUCACUGUGGUGAUAAGAUCACUAUGGACCUGGAGGUCAUUUAUGAUAAGAUUGUGAGGAACAGUCGCGGGGGUUGCUGUUUGGAGAACAAUUCUCUCUUCGGCUGGGUCCUGAGAGAAAUGGGCUACGACACCGUGACCCUGGGCGCUAGGGUUGACAUAGAUGGCUGCGGUUCCACUGACAAUCACCUUGUCAACAAGGUGGUCAUCGAUGGAAAGUCUUACAUAGCAGAUGUCAGCUAUGGAAUGUCUUUCCAAGUGCGGGAGCCUCUGGAGCUGGUCUCUGGGAAGGACCAACCUCAGGCAGCGGGCAUCUUCCGUCUUAUUGACCAGGGGGACGUGUGGGUGCUGGAGAAGACAAGCAGAAAACCGAAGCUUGUCAACCCAGAAUUUAACAAAUUAAACCUGGUGAACAGGGAUGAAACAAAAGAGAUCUACCGCUUCAGCUUGACACCUGUGGAGGUUGAUCACUUCUUUGAAAUAUGCCACUUUCUUCAGACAGACCCCAACUCACUUUUUAUCAACAAGUCCAUCUGCUCUUUGCAGACACCCACAGGUUUUCGAGGGCUCAUUGGCUGGACCUACAGCGAGGUCACGUACAAACCAGAGGAGGGGAUUGAUGUUAUAGACAUAAGGGAUAUAUCAGAUGAUGAAAUAGAUCAAACUCUGAAGGAAAAGUUCAACAUAAAACUGCAGAACAAACUGCAGCCUGUGAACAACAAAACAUGCUUCACCAUCUGAACAAUGUCUUGUUUAAAGUGCUAGUAGUUGUCCUGAAUUUUGGCAACCUGAUUUUUAAAACAUUCAUUAACAAAGGUUAUCAGUACUUUCCAUUUGUAUAUGAAAAAGUCAGUUUUCUGGUUAUGUUAUGACAGAAAGGACUAAAAAUAAUGAAUGAAUGUAUUGUCAUUGUAUUAAUUGUGUUAUUGAUACAGUUUCCUGAAAACAUAAUGAAGUAUUGUGUUUAAAUAAAGUCAUAAUAAGUCAUAAUGAAUUCAUAAUAACAACAUAACAUAAUGGAAACUUUAUAGUUUGGAAAAUAAAAAUAAAUCAGUACCCUAAAA